AGCCUCUGGCUCGAAUGAUCGGCCCAUUCUGUUACCCGCGGCGUGCCUCCCGUGGCGGGUGCGGGCGGUCCCGCGGGGCACGGCUUCGCGGGGGCCCUCCGGGGGGCGGCCGCGGCCCGCCCUGCACGGCGGCGUCCCCGCUUGGCGGCCCGCCGCCUUUUCAUCCAUAUUCAGUGCCCGUCUCGCUCAGGCCCCUGCUAGCGCGAUGUUGAUACCAGAGCGUGGGCUCCUGGGCAUGCUACGGCACUACACCAAGACGCUUACGUACUGCACGCUGUACAUCGUUCUUAGCGGAGGGCUGAUCAAUUUCAACAAGUUUCUGAUGCACAAGGGCCGUUUCCCGCACCCCAUGGCGCUCACGGCGAUCCACAUGUUCACGAAUCUGGUCCUCACCGGUCGGGGCCCGCGGCUUAUCGUGAACGUGAAGCCAUCUCUGAUGCCGGGUGUCGAGAAGUGCAAGGGCAGGUUGAUGGACCUCUACAAGUACCUGGUCCCCAUCGGCUGCUUCUUCGCCGUGAUGCUGUACGGGUCUAACAGGGCGUACAUGUAUUGCAGCGUGGCGUUCUUGCAGUUCAUGAAGGAGGCCAACGUGGUCCUGGUCUUCAUCUUCUCAGCGCUGGCCGGUCUGCAGAUCGUGAACCGGCAGCGGCUGUUUGUCAUAUGCUGGGUCAUCCUUGGGUCCAGCAUGUGCGUCUCGGGCGAGCUGCACUUUGUCUUCAUCGGCUUUGCCAUCCAGGGCGUCUCGCAGCUGGCAGAGUGCAUGCGCGCUGUCAUCGCAGAGUUGGUCCUCACCGGCAGCGGCUUCCGGCUGGACCCGCUCAGCUACACCUUCUUCGUGGCGCCCGUCUGCCUGGCGGUGCUCGCCGUCGGCACCAUCGUCACGUGGGACCCCGCGAUCCCGGCCGACAUUGCCACGUGGUGGCCGUGCCUGAUCCCGAACGCGUGCAUCGCGGUCUGCCUCAACGUGGCCAUCGCGUCCGUGAUCCAAGAGACGUCCGCCGUCGGCUUCGUGAUCACCGGCAUGGUGAAGGACAUCGCGCUCGUCUGCUUCUCCUCCGUCUUCUUCCACGAGACCAUCACGCACAUGCAGUGGCUGGCGUUCAUGGUCACGCUCAGCGGGGUCUUCUUCUGGUCGUACAUGAAGAUCGCGCCCGAGUCGCGGGAGAGCCCUCGCCCCGAAGCGGAAAGAGACGCCGGGGUGCAGAGUCGAGAGGAGGUGCCGACAUGUUGAGUGCUGCAGACGUGCCGUGCGAGCACGGUCUCUGGGAAACGUGGCCUCGAAGAAAAAUGCGCAGCAUACAUCGGAACCUGGAGCAUGUACACUACCAGCGGCGGGCUGUUUUGCAAUCCC